CUAAGUACUAGACUUUUAAGUUUUUUGUGUGGCUUUCCUAUAACUCAAUGCAGGAAUUGUUCGGCAGCCGUAUACGGUACAGUAGGGAGAUAGUAUAACUCGCACUUACUGCCACAUUUUGCUCAUCUCAAUCGACCUUUCACUGGAGCUCGCUGCCCUUCCGCUGGCCUUCCCACUACGCAACUCCUGUUGAAAGCAUUCGCUCAGUGCGUCAACGCCUUGGCUCGGGUUUGCUCAGCAAUGUCUAGUGAGAGUAACUCGGACUUGAUGACUUCCUAUGGCAGUGCUCGUGUUGGCGGACGACUUGGCGGUUCAUGCCUUCAAGGCACCAUCGACGAAAGUUACUACGAGUGUCUGGAUUUGGGCCUGGCUGCCCUUUCCAACAAGGGCGUUCAGGGCACUACUGGCGCCGAAGGAGAUGAUGACCACAGCCUGCGGGUCGCCCUGGCUAAGGCGCUGCGACUUGUUGCAGCCCUGCGCGCGGAAAACGAGCAACUGAAGGAGCAGAUUCUGGAAGCAGAGGAGUUACUCGCCGCUCGCGACCUCGCCUUGGACCGCUUUCAAGCUGAGAUCGAGAACUUAACUGCAUCACGUGACCAGUACUCUGUUCAGCUGUCUCAGAUCUGCUCCCAACCCCCUGGUAGAUUUAUCACCAACAACACCAGUAGCAACACCACCAAUAUCCCAGGCGUAUCUCACCACCACCGACCUCCGCUUGACCGCCGGCCGCCAAAUCGUCGUACUGCGACCUCCGGCCAGCCGCCCCAACUACCUCGCGCGGCUUCAUGCAGCGGCAUACCUGCCUCCUGCGCUCUCCCCGGUUCCGCCGCCUCAACGGGUGGCGCAUCCUCUGCAGCUGCAGCUGCCGCCGCCAACACCGACAGCAGUUUCCUGCAGAGCUUGCUACCGUUGUGGCCACUGCCUCAGUGGUUUAGCAGCGGUGGCGCUGCUCCAGCCAGCAACAGUAGCGAGGGCGCCGCUUGUGCCGCUGCUGAAGUAACGUGUGGCCCCGCAGGGGCGGCGGCUCGAUACUCUCCGGGUACUUCCCCGUUGUCCAAGUCCUCCUCCAGGGCCGCACUGAUAUCCACUUCGGGUGGCGCUGCGGCCAAUGCCACUGCCUGCUGCGACGCUGGUGAAGAGGAGGAGUACUUUGGAACCUUUCGAACCCCACUCGGCAAGCCGGCCAAGGAGCAGCACCCGCCGUCGAGCUGCUCCCCCUCAUCCUCUGACGCAACAAUACCUUCGGGCUCCCUGGAACGAGCUUCUACAGCGCGUACAGAAGGCGAAGGCAACACUUCUGCCUCAUCUCCCGCCGCAAGCAGCAGCGAAGCAGACGGUUGCACUAGCAGCCGUGUUUCCUCCCCAGGAUUCUUCUCGUCAUCCCCAGCCGCCGCAGUCCACUCUGACGAUGAGAACGAUGACGAUGACGCCUCAUCGCCCGGCCGGAAUUUCGCCGUUCAUCCAGCCAUUGCAUUCUGGGGCCACAGCAAGACGGAAAGCAAGCGCGCGAUUGUGUUGAACCGCGUGGCUGCUCCGGGUCGCUCGCCGCACCGGUCUGCGUUUUCAACGGACGGCAGGGCUCCGCUGGAGUUGCCGCCAGUACAGGAGCACGAAGGGCAGCAGCAGCAGCAGUCACAGCCGCAAAAGCGGCGUGCCGAGGUAGUCCGUCGUAGUUCGUACAUCUGGCGGCGGCAGCAGCCGAGUGUGAAGAACAUGUCGGAGUCAGGAGUCUUGCCCAGCUCAACGGCAGGGGCAGCAUCACGGGCUGCGGUUCAGAGUAGCAGCGCGGGUGGCGCAGCAGCCGGGUCAUCCGCAGCAGCAGCACCAACUGCAGCGGCAACACCCGCGGCACAUCAGGAAGCCCGGAAUGCGGAGUUCAUUUCGUUCAUGGCGCACUUCAAGGAUAGCUUUUAGUUGCGCGGCUGUGUAGGGUGCAUAUACGACGCGUGUUUUGCGCUGUGGUUGCGUUGUUGUCCGCGUGCUGCGAUGCACGCUUGCAGUGUUGGGGUGCGCAUGCCGGGGAAGCAAGUCCAGACCUGUGUAUGUUUUAUAUUAUAAGCGGUGUCAGGAGGCAUGUCGCCUGAUUCAUUUCGUGUCCAGAAUAGGUUAGGGUCAGUAAGGUAGUUGUUAAAAUUGCAGGAUACCGAUAGGUCGUUUCCCCCGGAUGCAGUAGGUCGUUUCCCCCGGAUGCAGUAACAAGGGGGUUCAGCUUCCUCAAAGCUGGAAAAGGGCGGAGCCCCUCCUCUUCAGUACAGGAAUGUAUUAUUACCACUGGAAUGAAUGCGAUUACAGGGGAGUGGAACGACUCAAUGGGCCUUAUAGACUUGGAAUGAGCACGGCAUGCGCUCCUGUGACUCCACGGCACCAGAUGACCUAACACGGAUGUUAUAC